AAGAAAAAGUAAAAUUAAUUUUAUUUUAAAAUUUGAAGAACAUAGAUAUGGUUUCACAUUCACAUUUUACAUUCUGAGAGAAGAGAGAGAAAGAGUGGAAGGGAAGAAGUACAGAGCGACAUGUUCUGUUCUCUUCAGCUUCAAAGCUUACCCAACCAAACUCUCAAGAAACACAUUCACACAUCAAAUAUCCGUUUUCUCUGAGACUCCAGACUCUCUCUCUCUCUCUGAAACACCAUCUUCUUCAAUUAGGAUUCUCUGUUCAAUCUUCAUUUCCGAGUUUCAGUUUUUCCUUUCUUUUGGAUCUGUUAUUAUAUUUUGUUAAGAGAUUUUUUUCCGUUUUAAUUGAUGUCAACCGCACCCGCCCCUUCUUCGCCGCCGGCGGGUAACUCCACCGCACCGCCGCCCUCCACUCCUGCCACGCCCUCUGCUCCAGCGCCAGCUACUCCCUCAUCGCCGCCGCCGGCUACUCCAUCCUCGCCGCCACCCGCCACUCCAUCCUCCCCGCCGCCGGCAACACCUUCGUCGCCACCUCCGGCAACACCCUCAGCUCCACCUCCGGCCACUCCAUCUGCCUCCCCGCCUCCGGCAACUCCUUCAACGCCGUCUACCUCUCCUCCGAAAUCAUCUCCCGCCACUCCAUCGACCUCUCCACCGUCGCCGCCGGCUCCGUCCUCUGGCGGGAACACCACUCCCAGUCCGCCAUCUCGUAGCUCUCCUUCUCCCCCAUCUUCCGGCGGCAAAACAACACCUUCGUCCAAGUCACCGUCGUCGUCGUCGUCCCCAUCUCCACCGUCGUCGUCGUCCCCAUCUCCACCGUCGUCGUCUUCUUCUUCAGGCAUUUCCACGGGAGUUGUGGUCGGAAUCGCCGUUGGUGCUGUGGCAGUUCUUGUGGUACUGAGCGUUCUUUGCAUAUGCUGUAGGAAGAAGAAGAGAAGACGCGACGAGGAGCAAUAUUACGGCUACCCACCACCCCAGCCGCCGCCACGUGGACCCAAAGAUGACUAUGGUGGUCCCCCACGCCAGUGGCAGCACAAUGCUCCACCUCCUUCAGAUCACGUGGUCUCAGUCCAGCCACCUAAGCCAUCGCCUCCGCCUCCGCCUGUGUACCAAGCUCCACCACCACCUCCACCUUUCCUGAGCAGCAGUGGCGGUUCUGGAUCAAACUAUUCAGGUGGUGAGCCACUUCCACCUCCUUCUCCAGGCAUAGCAUUAGGCUUCUCAAAGAGCACUUUCACAUAUGAGGAGCUGGCACGAGCAACCGAUGGCUUCUCGGACGCCAACCUCCUCGGAUCAGGUGGAUUCGGGUAUGUGCAUAGAGGAAUUCUUCCCAACGGCAAGGAAGUGGCGGUGAAGCAGCUAAAGGCUGGAAGCGGGCAAGGAGAGCGUGAAUUCCAAGCUGAAGUAGAGAUAAUUAGUCGUGUUCAUCACAAACACCUUGUUUCUUUGGUUGGAUACUGCAUCACCGGGACCCAGAGGCUGCUUGUUUAUGAAUUUGUUCCCAACAACACGUUGGAAUUCCAUUUACACGGGAGAGGGCGACCAACGAUGGAUUGGCCCACAAGACUACGAAUUGCUUUAGGAUCUGCUAAAGGGCUGUCAUAUCUUCAUGAAGAUUGUCAUCCUAAGAUCAUUCAUCGCGAUAUCAAAGCUGCUAACAUUCUUCUCGAUUUUAAGUUUGAAGCUAAGGUUGCUGAUUUCGGGCUUGCAAAGUUCUCUUCUGAUGUCAACACUCAUGUUUCCACUCGAGUGAUGGGGACUUUUGGGUAUCUGGCUCCGGAAUAUGCUUCCAGUGGAAAACUCACAGACAAAUCAGAUGUUUUCUCCUAUGGAGUCAUGCUUCUCGAGUUAAUUACUGGAAGAAGGCCAGUUGAUAAAACCCAAACUUUCAUGGAGGAUAGUUUGGUAGACUGGGCUAGGCCUUUGCUCAACCGGGCAUUGGAUGAAGAUGAUUAUGACUCUCUAGUUGACCCAAGGCUCCAGAAUGAAUAUGAUCCCAAUGAGAUGGCUCGCAUGGUGGCAUGUGCCGCUGCUUGCACGCGUCAUUCAGCAAAGCGUCGACCAAGGAUGAGCCAGGUUGUUCGUGCUCUUGAAGGAGAUGUGUCUCUGGCGGAUCUUAAUGAAGGAAUUAAACCUGGACACAGCACCAUGUACAGUUCACAUGAAAGCUCAGAUUAUGACACUGCACAAUACAAGGAAGACAUGAGAAGGUUCAGGAAAAUGGCAUUGGGAACCCAGGAGUACGCCAGCAGCGAGUAUAGCGCGCCUACAAGCGAGUACGGCCUGUAUCCAUCUGGCUCAAGCAGUGAAGCGCAGAGCCGCCAGACCACCCGCGAAAUGGAAAUGCGGAAGAUGAAGAACAGUCAAGGUUUCAGCGGAACUUCUUGAUCCUUGACAAGUUGUUUUGCUUAUCUUUGUAUAAAUUUAUAUAUCCUUGAUUUUUGCACCUAUGUCACCUUUGAUUCAUUAACUGACAUGUUUGGAGUGACUUACAGAUUAUUUUUUCCCCAUCAUAAUUGAUCAUAUUUUAAACUGUAUUUAUAAGGGUAUACAGCAAAGUAACACAAUUCAAUUCUUUCAUUUUUUUUGUUCCGCCUUA